AACAUCCUCAGGCACCAUAAAAAUUUUUCCAAUAUCAAGAACCAAUCUUGGUCCAAAAACGGCUCUAACAAAUUGCUGGAAAUGAAGAAAAGAUCAGUCCGUAUUGCGAAAAUUGCUUUUUGUAAUGCAAUUUUGUCUCGGAGGCAUUACUCAACUGAAGCUCAAAGAGACUGUUUGUGUUUUACGUGGCUUGAAAAUGAGCAACGGAAUCCUAAAAAAGAAUGCCAGUAAAAUGUUCAAAGAGGAGACAUUCAGUGAUUCGUUCAGAUGCUUUCGCUGUGCUGCAUGUCUUUCUUAUCCGUUCCUAUAGUUGCAAACAAGAAAAUCGUGGAUUCUUAUAUAGACACUGAUUUUCUGUUGAAGACUUUAGUGGUAAUAUGCGCAUGUCCACAAGAGAAUCUCAGAAUCUGAGAAAAGAAAGUCCGUUCCGUCUAAAUCCGAACAGUCUCGUUUUAGAUUAGGCCUAGGUAGAUGGUGGUCUCUCAAGAGGUCUGGAACUGCAUAUAUUUGACAACCAUUGCUAAUAUCAGUUACUAUGAUGUGGGUCUUGCUCCAUUUGGUGAUGUCAUCGAGCAUCAGCACCGGCACGUUUGGCGAGUUUGAAAUGAUUCCUCCAAGUAACGGAACCGAAAACCUGAUGCACGUCGAUACUGAACGGAUACAAAAUCCAUUAGAAUCAAACAAAUUGCCUGGCGAAUUUAUUGUUCCACGUAUAUCAAAUGACGAAAGAUUGUUUGGGAGAAGAAGCCAAUCCAUCAAGAGUCGUCAUAACUCAACGGACGAUAACAUUUAUUGCCGUGCUCCGGACGGACGCUAUCUGCCCACCGAUAUCUUCGCUUUGGAUACUUGCACCCGUUGCUAUCAAUACAUCCCGGACAACCCAACUUUUUUCCGCCAAAACAGCAAGUGGAACCACACGGUAGUCAGGAUGCGGAGUCUGCUAAUAGAAACUGACAUAUGGUUUAAUGUUACGUUUCUGACUCAUGAUGUCCUUAAUGAAACGAUGGCCGCUAAUGAAACAGACACUGGGAGCAAACUCUUGCUGACUUUUGUUGAUUUUAAAUCACAAGAGAAAUGGAGAUCUUGCUGUAGGGCUGCGGUCGAUUGCUGUCAACAUAUGCUCGAAUCCAUGCAACCAAACGAUGAUGAAUACAAAAGUAACAUCUCAGAUUAUGGCAACGAAGAGGAAAAGGCUUUCCACUCGCAACCAAUCAUCAAGUCAACGCCAGUUUCAAAAUUUUGCCCUCCUACAUGGGACGGUUGGACGUGUUGGGAAAGAACCAUUCCUAAUCGAAUUGCUCUAUCCGUGUGUCCCAGCUACAUCUACUUCGAGACAGAACCACCCGCUUGUUCACGUUAUGCCGAGAAGGUAUGUACUUCUGAUGGCACAUGGUAUCGCCGAGGAGAUGUAGGUUCGGCAACAGAAAAGACCAACUACAGUCCAUGUAGUCCUGUUGGUACUCUGAGGCAGCGAACGAAUGUUCAUUUAAUCGCUUACGCUGUCUCCGUUGCGAUGCUUCUUCCAGCCCUUCUCGUUUUCUACUCUUACAAGCAAUUAAAUGUUUACCGCAUCCGGUUACACAAAAACAUGUUCAUGUCAAUUUUGCUGAACUCGAUACUCGUCAUCGUUUUCAAAGUGUUCACUAUUCUACCAAAAUUGGCGAAUAUCUCUGUCAAAGAGUCCUAUGUGGAUGAGAAUGCUUUUUUCUGUCGCUUGGCUUUGAUCACGUUAAAGUAUUUGCGUAUGACCAAUUACAUGUGGAUGUUUUGUGAGGGCUUCUACCUGCACCGUUUAAUCACUGCUGCCUUUGCUGAGGAAAGCAGUUUUUCAGUAUUUUAUUUCAUCGGUUGGGUGCUUCCGCUCAUUCCUACAGGAAUCUACGCAUUCAUUCGAUUUAUUCGGUAUGACGUUCGCUGUUGGAUAGAACCGAUUGAAGCCUGGGAGUGGGUGUUGAAUACACCUUGUCUACUUUCGCUAGUUAUGAACCUGGUCUUCUUGAUAAACAUUAUUCGAAUACUGGUAAUGAAACUGCGUUCGACGAGCAUUAAUGAACCCAGUCAAUUCAGAAAAGCAGUCCGUGCUACCCUCGUCUUGUUUCCUCUGUUUGGUCUGCACUUUGUCGUGACAAUCUAUCGACCGUCUAAGGGCGGAUGCGAUUGGAUCGAUUUUUAUCACUACGCGAACGCUUUACUCGACGGGCUCCAAGGGUGUUUGGUCGCUAUUAUAUUCUGCUACGGAAAUAGCGAGGUUCACUACCUGUUGCUGCGUUCCUAUCGACGUUUUAAAGAUAACCGAUGUCUUCGAAAUAGUAAAACAAAAAAAGGACGGAUCGAAGUCAACGCGUGAAGGUGGACGAGAGAGGACGCACACGAAGUAUAGGAUGCUCAGUUUUUCUUGGUCGCAGCACCUUUUCCACCCAUUUUUCUCUUGCGGAUUGCGCUCCCAAUAUUCGACAAAAGCAAAUAACAAUAAACAUUAGACCUGUU